GCUUGAGGGGGAGUGUUGGAAAGGGAUGACGAGGAUUAUUCCUUGUGGAAUCCGAGUCAGAAUCUUUCCUUUUUUUUUUAGUUAUUUAUUUUCUUAUUUAGGCUGUGAUUUAGUUUCAUUUUUUUCUUUAGGCUAAAUUAGUGGGUUAGUUUCCUAGAAUAACUCGUAGACUUAGAAGUUGUAUAUAUUUGUACAGAUCUUCUCAAUGAAAUUAGAACAGAAAUCUUCAACCAUUUGUUUCUGUUUUCAGUUUUUGUGCUGAUGUUGGUGUAUGUUUUUGUACCUCUGGUGUGGUGCCUAGACAUGGUGCAACAAGAUGUUUAAAGUGCAUCUUUGUUGUUUAGGUGUUACCUUGAUAAACUGCUGAAAGAAAAAAAAAGCCUUUGAUGCUUGAGUUCCCAGUAAAUGGUUUCACUGUUCUUGAAGCUGGGGCUAAUUUGGGGUUUUCCUACCAGUAUGGACACAAUGGUUGUCGAUGUUGGACCCUCAGCUGAUUGGGUGAAGAUCAAUGUGCGGAAAACUAAAGAUUGUUUUGAGGUCUAUGCUUUAGUUCCUUGGCUCUUGCGUGAGGAGGUACAUGUUCAGUCAGAUCUAGCUGGACGUUUGGUUAUAUCUGGUGAGUCAGAGCAGCUUGAUAACCCAUGGGGUGUCACACCAUUCAAAAAGGUUAUAACCCUACCAUCAAGAAUUGAUCCGCAUCAAACAUCUUCUGUAGUUACUCUGCAUGGCCAGCUGUUUGUACGUGUGCCUUAUGAGCAGUUGGAUUCAUAAGCUGCUGUGGAGAUGUUUGUCCAUUUCCGCAUGACCAUAGAUUAGCGUUUUGUGAUUAAUUUAGGAGAAAGGAAACAUGAAAUUACGGAAGAAUUCCAGAAAGAAGAUCAACUGUGCAUACAAGUUUUCUUGUUAAUUGGUCCAGAGGCUUAUAAGUGCCAAACUACACGUGCCCAAGUGGUAUGACCAUAUCUACGUUUAAGUUCCAACUCCGGGUGAUUAGUAUGGCUAGACAGUGAUGAAGCUUUCUUGUUUUGUUCUUUGAUCAUGUGAAAAUGUACAUGCUUUCUGGUUGGUAGCCUACUGGCUGUUGUGUGUUUGUAUUUUUUUUUUUUUAAUUUUUUCAGGACUUAGUGGACUGCUAGCCCUAGGAUGACUUAUUGGGUCCCUAUCUAACAAGUCUGACCUGUAGUAGGUUGGCUUGUUCUCAGAAACAAUGACAACUUCCAUUAGAAGUUUGUAACUUUGUAUAUAAAAGCCAUGGAUGGGAGACAUCUUGUUUAAUCAGCUUCUUUUAAGGGAUUGGUUUUUAGAUUAGC